CAAACAUCCCGCGACCUCAAGCAGAAGCGAUCGAGUGCCGCGAUGAGUCACGUUAUGUGGACGUACGAUGCCGAGAAUGUGGCGACGAAGCAUGGAAAGGUGAAGAGAAUUGUCCGAGAGAGGUACCUCCGUGAUGACAUCGCGUGUGGUAUCACAGCGUGCUCGCUCUGCUGCCACGGUGACGAAGACAACAUCGAGGAGCAACCACAUCGCCACGGCAACAAGUUGAACUUGACGCCUCAAGCGACCCAGUACCUGCUCCUGACAGUCGACGUUGUCCUUCGGCAAAUGGACGUGCUUGAGUAUUCAUCGUGUACGGAAAUGACGAACAUCAUCAUUUUGGAGACGGUCGCAGAACAAGUCAAGAACAAGGACAUGGGGAUCUAUCGCCGGUUGCACGCGUUGAUCAAAUCUGACCGCCACUUCUACGUGUUUGCGAACGAACAUCAUAGAGACACAUACGUUGCCAAGACUGAGGCCGAAUCGACUGUCGAACGCGAUGCCCGAGCCAUGUGCGGCGCUUAUCGAUGGUACAUGUCGCAUCUGUCGUCGCUCGAAAGCAAGACCAACGUCACGUACAUCGCGAACGACACCUUGGACGCUGAACGGGCGGCUGCGAACGGUGUCCAGGCCAUCACGAUCGCGUCCUUUAUUUCGCCACUCGUCAAAACGUAUCCCGACCUGGCCGACCUCAUGUCCCAAGACAUGGCGGCGUCGUCGGAUAACAGCGGAAGAAAGAAGAGCGCGACGCUGUACGACGAGCACAAGACCAUGUCCGAGGUCUUGGCUGGGAUCAAGAACAAGCGGUACUUCCAAGGCACCCUCCGCUGCAACCGCGACCACUGGCUCGAAUGCACCGUGUUGAUUCACGGCCUUAACGAAGCCCGUGUGCCAGUGCUCAUCUCGGGCCGCGAGUUUAUUAACCGCGCCAUGGAUGGCGACAUCGUGGCGAUCGAAAUCUUGCCCAAGUCGCAGUGGAAGCGACCCGCGGAAGCGUUUGCUGUCAACGACGACAAAGAUGACGAAGAUGACUCGGCGCGGACGGCGGAACCGGAAAAUAUUGGGGUCGCAGCACCGACUCUGGGUCCAUCCGACGUGAUCGACACGAACGACCUCAAGCCCUGCGGCAAGGUCGUCGGCAUCGUUCAGCGCAACUGGCGCCGGUACUGCGGAUCUAUUGAGCCGGUCGCGGUCGCCGCCCAGACGACGAACGUCCUGUUUGUCCCUGUGGACCGGAAGAUUCCCAAGAUUCGCAUCUCGACGAGGCAGCACGACACGCUCAUGGACAAGCGCAUUGUGGUCGCCAUCGACUCGUGGCCCGUGGACAGUCGGUUUCCCGUCGGCCACUACGUCAAGACACUCGGCGUGAUUGGGGACAAGGAGACGGAGACUCAAGUGCUGCUCCUGGAACACGACAUUCCGUGCGAACAGUUCUCGGACAAGGUGCUCAAGUGUCUGCCUCCCGCCGACUGGACCAUCACGCCCGAAAAUUCCAAAGGCCGGACCGACCUGCGCCACUUGCCAGUGUGCAGUAUCGAUCCGCCCAACUGCAAAGAUAUUGACGACGCGCUGCACGCGCGCCUGCUCCCGAAUGGAAACAUCGAAGUUGGCGUUCAUAUUGCCGACGUCACACACUUUGUCGAGGCCGGAAGCGCUUUGGAUUUGGAAGCGGCCGACCGCGGCACGUCUACGUAUUUGGUUGACAAGAGGUUGGACAUGUUGCCCGGGUUUCUCACGACGCAGUUGUGCUCGUUAACGUCGACGGAUGAUCACUUUGCGUUCAGUGUGCUGUGGGAAGUCCAAGUUGACGGCAACGAGGUGCAUGUGAUCGACGUCUCGUUCUGCAAGAGUAUCAUUCGCAGCAUUGCCAGUUUGUCGUACGGCGAAGCGCAAGUGCUCCUGGACGACCCCGCGGCUGGCGCGUCCUUUGUCCGGGCCAGUGCGACAAAGCCCAUCACGGACAAGAAGUUGCAGUUAGGUAGCGGUAUCAAGACCCUCCACGACAUUGCGAUGCGGCUCAAAGCCAAACGCAUUCAGGCUGGUGCGUUGACUUUGGCGUCGCCAGAAGUCCGCUUCGUGCUCGACACCGAGACGCAGAACCCUCUCGACGUCCAAAUGUACGCGUUGAAGGACACAAAUGCGUUGGUGGAAGAGUUCAUGUUGCUGGCCAACAUCACAGUCGCCAAGAAGAUCCUGCGCAGCUUCCCGACGUUUUCGCUACUUCGUCGCCACCCUGCUCCGUCCAAGCGGCAGUUUGAUGCGAUCGUGAGCCAAGCGAAGAGCGUUGGUGUGACGUUGCGCGUCGACAACUCCAAGCAACUGCAAGAGAGUCUGGACAACCCCACGGCGUCGCGCGCGGAAAACGCCUACUUCAACAAGAUGCUCCGCAUUCUGUGCACGCGGUGCAUGAUGCCUGCGAGCUACUUUUCAUCGGGGGAGAUCGGGGUCGACGAAUACCAUCACUACGGGCUGGCGGCGCCGAUUUAUACGCACUUCACGUCGCCAAUUCGACGAUAUGCCGACGUGAUCGUCCACCGCCUGCUGAGCGCCGCGAUUGGGGUCGCACCACUGCCCGACUACUUGGAAAACAAAGCGCACUUGCAUGAACUCACGCAGGGUUUGAAUCGACGCCACUUGGCCGCGCAGCUUGCCGGUCGGGCAUCCGUGAGUUUGCACACGUUGUUGUAUUUUGCCAACUUUCCCACGACGACGGACGCAAUGAUCAACAAGGUCCGUGCAAAUGGCAUCGGUGUGCUCCUGCCUCGUUUUGGCAUCGAGGGCAUGAUCGUUUUGGCGGAGAAGGGCAAGGAGGCGGCAAGUGUCAAGCACGAUCCUUCUCAGCACAGACUCACGCUGCUCAAGACCAAGCGUGUCCUGCACGUGUUCCAAAAGGUGUCGGUGAAAGUGUUUGUGGAGCUCACGUUUGGCAACCGCCAGCAGCUCAAGAUCGAAUUGCUCCCUGAAGACGCAGACUCGACGGACAACGCAUCUCCUGCCUCGAAGCGACCACGCACGUCGUAAAAAUGGAAAACCACGUCGUUGUCUA